GUUGUCAAUUUUAUCCGCCCGGUGAAUAUUUACGAUUCGUGCGAGUCCCAGAGAAUUUGAAAGUCGGCGAAGAAGUGCUUAGAGUAGACGUGCAUCCCAGGAGGAAUCUCAGCUUAAGACCAAUCGACAAAAGCGACGAUGUGCAUUAUUUCACGUACAAGGAUCUCAAUCGCACAACCGUUUCUUUGCUUUUGGCACGGCCCCUCGAGGAUCUCGUCGACACGGACAACCCGCAAAAUGUUCUCAAGUUUCGCUUGAUGUGCGAUUACGACGAUGACGAAGACGUGAUUUCUUCAUCGUUGUCCGUGACUGUUUAUGUGGAAGACAUCAACGACCAUUCUCCGGUAUUCCAGGAGGCGCCGUACCACGUUACCGUUGAGGAAGUAACACCUGUCGGUCUGACAAUAUUCCGGGGAAUUAAAGCCGGUGACCGGGACAAGCCGAAUACUCCGAAUUCUGAUGUACAGUACGCCAUCACCGCAGGCAAUGAAAGAGGAAAGUUCGCCCUGGAUAGCAGCCAUCAAGCUUAUUUAGUACUAAAAAAGGCUUUGGAUUACGACAGCGGCGACCGGGAAUUCCUGCUCACUGUUACGGCCUCCGAUCGCGGGCUUCCUCCGCGCAGCACCAAUGCAACCGUGAAGAUUUCCAUCGUGGACAAUGAUGAUCUUCCGCCGAAGUUCACCAAAGGCGUCUACAGAACGAAACUCACAGAAAACUAUCCAAUCACGGGUGCGAAGUUACGUAAGCUGUUGCGCUUCGAGCCGUCGAUCUUCGCCUACGACCAGGAUCUGGCCAUCGACAGUCGCAUUAGGUAUGACAUAAUAGCUGGGAACGAGAGGAGGCUCUUCUAUUUGGAUCAUUACAAUGGAUCGCUGUUCCUUGAAAAAGAAAUAGACUUGGAGUCGGAGAAGUCUCUUCCAGGAAACACCUUCGUCUUGCAGAUACAAGCUUCUCAGGUGGAUAAUCCGCUGAAGACCGGUGUUGCAAGAGUCGAAGUAGAGAUCAUCGAUUUGAACGAUAAUUUACCAGAGUUCGAAGUGGAUAUUUACAAUAUAAGUAUAGUAGAGAAUCUACCGAAUGGGUUUAGUGUCUUGCAAAUCAUCGCAACGGAUCAGGAUCAAGGAGAUAAUGGGGAAUUCAGUUUUCAAUUGGAAGAUAAAAGCAGAGCUUUCAGCCUGGAUAGCAAAUCAGGAUGGUUGAUGGUGCGUGAUCAAACUAUUUUGGACCGUGAAAAACGCGCCACCAUUUCCAUGCGGGUCUACGCCAAAGAGAAGACUGCUAGCGUAGUUAGAGAUAAACGAUUAUCGUUUGUUAAUAUUGAAGUUACUUUACUGGACGCCAAUGAUAACAACCCAACUUUUCUACCCAACAACGUGUACGAUUUUGUGAUCAGUACCGAUGCUAAAAUUGGUGAUACAGUUGGAAAGAUCCACGCUAUAGACCCGGAUUUAGGUAACAAUGGUGUCGUCAACUACAACAUUCAAAGAUCUACGAACACUUCAUACUACUUCAAAAUCGAUAAUAAAACUGGAUUGAUAACGAUCACUCAUGCAAUAACCGAGGGCAAACAUCUCUUGUUCAUAGAAGCUUCGGAUCAACCUUUGAACCCAAGCGAGAGAAGAGCUUCUUUGGCUGUUGUUACCAUCGACGUGAUCAAUCACAGGUCUAGAGAGAGUAUCAAGCCAAGCUUCAUUGGGGCUCCUUACGAAUUUUGGGUUGGAGAGAACGUUGAUAUUGGUACAAGCGUUGGGCAAAUACGCGUCACAAAUAUUGAUCAAAGAAAUCCGAUAAUGUACGAUCUUCUACAUAGUUACCACGAAGGAGUACCUUUUGCUGUUGAAGAGAGAACUGGUACCAUAACUGUUGUUGAUGGUAUACCCAAAUACGAACGUGUGAUUUACGACUUUGAAGCUGUAAUUUCUAAUGACAAAACGCUGUCAUUGGUAACAAAUGUUACCAUACACAUAGUUGAUCCUAAAGAUAAAAAUAUCUUUAUAAAAGGAAGCAAUAAUUUUCCAAUGGAGUUUCACGUGAAAGAAAACAAAGCCAAUCAUUUUAUCGGAAGACUUAUGCCAAAUAGUACGGCGAAAGCGGUUAAAUUCUUUAUAGCCAAUCAAAGAGAUGUAACUGAUCAUAUAACCAUUGCUUCAAACGGAUCACUUUACACUGUACAACCUUUGGAUCGCGAAUUACGCGACGUCUACAGAUUAACGAUUAUAGCCGAGUACGGUCGAGGAAUCAUCUCUGGUACUGGAAUUUAUCAAGUCAUAAUUUACGUUGAUGAUGAGAACGAUAACGCUCCGAGCUUCGAUAGAUCCACCUACGAGGGUAAGAUCAAAGAAAACUCUGCUUCAGGAACCGAAGUUGACUUGGAGCAGUUGAUCCACGUGAAAGACGCGGAUAUUGGUUCAAACGGACAGUUCACUUUAUCGCUACAAGGUACAGGAAAUGAAAGGUUCAGAUUGGAUCGUUUCACAGGAAAGAUAUUAUUCAGCGGUCCUUACUCUCUUUUGGAUCGCGAAGACAAAUCCGUGUAUAACUUAAAAAUAGUUGCUAAGGACAAGGGAGGAUUAACUAACGAUUCCAAACUGACCAUUUAUAUUGAAGAUGAAAACGAUAAUAGUCCGAUCUUUACUCAAUUGAUUGUGAUCCCCGAUUUGGGUGUACUUGUCCAAGAAUUUGAUGAGGCAGGAAAUAAGGUGGCCCUUUUCCAGGAAGGCAACAACACUUAUAUUUUAACCCAAUCGUAUAUAAAAACUAGAGGUAAAAAUAGAAGCAAAGUGUCUCCGCUUAUAAUAAUCCCGGAAGAUAUACCACUAGGAAGUGUUAUAAUGAAAUUGAUUGCGACGGAUAAAGAUUUCGGAGAUAAUGCGGUGAUUAAGUACGAGAUGAUUUCGGAAACUUUAAUUCCGCACGAGAAAUCCACUGAUCCCUUCCAUAUCACGCAUUAUUUUAAUGUUAAUCCUGUGAACGGUGAUGUUGUCAUCGCCAGGACUUUACCUCCUGAAUCCGAGUUCAGAUUGAAUUUAACUGCUACGGAUUCUGGUGGUUUAAAGGAUACUAUUAAGGUGAAGAUCUUCGUUAAGGAUGUUAACAAUCAUCCUCCGGUGUUCAAGAAAUCAUGGUACACUUUCGAUGCUAAAGAGUCUGUUUACUCUAGAGAUGUGUUAGGGAAGAUUGAAGCUACGGAUGCGGAUUUCGGACAAAAUGCAAAUCUUUCGUAUAAGAUUAAGACUUUGGAUGGUGUUAACAUUCCGUUUAAGAUAUCAGAUUUUAGCGGUGUUUUGAGUAUCGAUGGUGAAUUGGAUAGAGAAAUGAGGGAUAAGUAUUCGUUUGUGGUUGUUGCUAGAGAUAAUCCAAAGAUUGGGAAGAGCUUUGCUUCGGCUGUUAACGUUGAUAUUAAUGUUGUUGAUAUUAAUGAUAAUUCACCGACGUUUUAUGGUCACGAUGAUUUGGUUUCUACUUCUAAAUUGGAGACGAAAUAUUCUAAUCAUCAAAUGAUUACGUUACCGAAGAUUCCUGUGUAUUACGCCACUGUUUCUGAGAAUAGUCCGAUUGGUACUCCUGUUACUAAAGUGUAUGCUAAUGAUUCUGAUUUCACCGGGAACGGGAAUGGGCUUAUUCUGUUUGAUAUUCCCUACAAAAAGAAUGGUGAGAAUUGCUUCGCCAUUGACUCAAAGGAGGGUGUUAUUACGACAAUUGCUAAAUUGGAUUACGAGAAGCAAAAGGUGCAUAACGUGACUAUUGUUGCUUCUGAUUUGGGGUCGCCUAGUUUAACUUCUUCGGCUAUUCUUGUUGUGAAUGUGAUUGAUGUCGCUGAAGAUUUGAAGAGCAUAGAGCAUCCGGUGUUCUCGCAUAGAUAUUACGAGGUGGAGGUCGAGGAGAACGUACCGGUGCCUCUGAAGAUCUUAACUUUGAAUGUGACUGAGCCGUAUCGCUCUCACAAAUUGAGGUACAGUAUAGUCGCCGAAAAGACGAGUCCUCUGAGGAGGAUGUUCAAGAUUGACCCAAGGAACGGGACUCUGUACAUUACGGAUAGUCCUGAUCGUGAGGAGGGCGCUUACUAUGAAUUAAAGAUAAGAUUAGAUCAAUAUAAAGUUGGCAGGGAUAUGACGGUUAUGGUUUAUCCGGUUACGAACGAGCGGCUCGGCGAUUUGGGACUGAACGAAGUCAAGGUUAUAGUGAGGAUUACGGACACCAACGACAACGUACCGAAAUUUACAAUCAACGGAAGGCCUAUCGUCGCCGCCAUCCCGACGACGGCGAAUUUCGGUUUCCACAUCGUAAGACUGCAGGCGACAGAUCCGGAUUUGGGUUUGAAUGGUGAGGUUCGUUACCAAAUAUUGGGAAGAGCUGACGAAGAGACCAGAAGGUUUGCCAUCGAUCCAAUUAGUGGUCAAGUGAGGGCCGUUUCGAGCUUCGCGCGAGAUGCCGGUAAAGUUUACGGAUUCGACGUGAAGGCCACGGACAGGAGAGGAGCCGAUGAUGGCAAAUCCUCCAUUGCCAAUGUUUUUGUAUACGUUCUGGACGAGGAGAAGCAACUGGUGAUGGUGAUGGGAUCCCGACCCACCGACGUGGAAAGGAAUAUGGAAAAUAUCACGCAGGCCCUCUUCAACGCCACCGGCUUCGACGUGCGGAUCCGCAAACUGGAGCCGCAUUUAGAACGGAAUCAAGUCGAUUCAACGGCUACGGACAUGUUUUUGUAUGCAGUCGAUCCUAAGCUGAACACUGUCGUCGAUAUGAACGAGCUGCAAACGGUUAUUCUUCUCAAGCAGAACGAAAUUGAGAAUCAGCUGAAGGGGCACAAAGUGUUAGCUUUGGCGAGCGGCGCCGUGGAGAGGGUUAGGUUCAGGAGUCAAAGGGUUGUCCUCUCCACGCUUGAGGUUGGAGUGGUCAUACUUGGAUGCGUCGUUUUCAUCGGUGCUUUAGCGACAGCCAUUUGCGUCAUCUGUAUCAGACGAAAGAAAAAAAGGAUCCUUCAGAAGAGCUUUUCUCAACCUAUAGGAUUUCCCAUAGCUACUCUAGGAAAACCUGCGCUUUUUCCGAGCAGCUUCGGGGAUGCAUUGCGGUACGAUGACGGGAGCGGAGGUGUGUACCAUUCUUCUUUCCGAAGGCAUCACGAGUCCAGCUGUCCAAGGUAUUCAGGACGCAGGACGUCCCACGGCAAAGAGCGUUCCAGGAGCGUGGGUGCUUUAGAGACUUCAAUAGCUUCUUUGCAUUCCAGCGGCAAGGAUUCCGGGAUAGCCGACGGCAUCCAAUGUCAAUGCAGCCAUUCCACGACACAAUCCUCCGAGGAGGGCAGCAACGGAUACGAGGAUUCGCUUCAAUCGAUGUCGCCGCGAAAGCUGCGCGAUUCCUUCCGGUACGGAUCGUCACGCGAGAUCAGGGAUUACUACAACCGAAGGAGGUCCUUCUCGGAUGAUCUAAUAUUGAAUGCUCCGACGAAACCGCGACAUCUGUACCCUCACGGCCAUAUACAGGCGAACCUCGUUGGUCAGGGUUCGGCCCUGAGGAAAUCCAGCGAGAGACUCAUCAUGACCUGUCCAUUAAAUCCUUAAGGAAGCCACGGCAAAGGAAAUCCAACUUCUGGAAGUUACCGAUCUGUACAUAAAC